AUGGGCACGCUCCUCGAGAAGCCCACGCGCUGGAGAGAGGCGCUGAAGCUUUGGGAGGAUAUGAGCACGAUGAACCUCGCCCCGGAUUCACUCUGCUGGUCACACGCCAUCAAAUGGUACGGCCUCAGCGGUGCUUGGGAGGAGUCCUUGCAGAUUUUUGAGCAAGCACAGCGGGCGUCGUCCGUCAAGCCAUCCUUGCCCUUCUCGGGGGCACUCUUCGCCAUGUGCCGCUCUCUGCAGUGGGAGGCGUCGCUACACAUCCUGAGUCGCAUGAAUGCCCAGGAGAUGGAUCUAUCGCGGCAUGACUACCGCGAGCUGGUCCUCAGCUGCGUGAAAUGUGAUCAGUGGCAGUUUUCCGUGCGCUUCCUGAAGGAGAUGGUCGAGGAGGACCUCGAUCCGGACCGAUCUUUCAGCACAAUGGCCGCAGAGCUU